AUGGCGCUAGUUUUCUCACUCAACUGUAAUUUUUCCCAUAAAUCCUUUUCUCCCACAAACCCUAAUUUCAAAUUGAAUCCCUCCAAAUUCUCCCUGAUAUUUAAGCGCCAUCAAUAUUUUCUCUCCUCCUCCAACAGUAAAUGGCAGUGUCGAAGGUGCUUCUCUGUUUUUAAUGAGUUGGAAAAAGAUUCCGAUGAUGAAGUGAAUAAUUUAGGAGUCAAAGCUGCGUUGUCUAUGCUGAAGUUCUACAAAAGGGAAAUCUCGCCAUUGUUGCCAAAUAGUUGUCGUUUUGUCCCAACGUGUAGUGAGUAUUCGAUGAUUGCUUACAAGAAGUAUGGAGUUGCGAAGGGAACCAUAUUGACUGCUUGGCGUCUUUGUCGUUGCAAUCCUCUUGGUGGAUCUGGUUUUGAUCCCCCAAGAUGGUUUGAUGAGCCAAGUCCACCGGAGGAGCAGUGA